AUGCUACAUUUAGAAAAACUUACAUUAUCUCUUCGUAUUCGUGAUCGAAAUACAUUCAUCGAUGGAAAUUAUUUGCAUAAAUAUAUAGUCAGUCAAAUGUCACAUUUACAUACAUUUAUCUUUGAUAUUGUUACCGAAAAUGUCAUGGGUAAUCAACUACUUAGACCUUCUGUUGAUGAUAUUCGACGCACGUUCAUUGAAAAAGGACAUUGUGUUGAUUGUUACAUCGACUAUCAUUAUAAUAGUAUAGGUCGAUGUCAUGUUUAUUCACUUCCAUUCAAUAUGGAACGUAUAUAUAACAUUACGCAUAAGUUUCCUGGUGGUAUGUUUAUGAAUGUUCGUGUUUUGUGUGUAUUCGACUACGAUCGUCCUUUUGAACACGAUUAUUUUGUUAAAAUCUCACGUUCAUUUCCAUUACUUUGUCAUCUGAGAAUCAUCAAUAAAAUGCCACAAAAUGAUAAAUGGCCACGACAAUUAAUGAAACCUGAAGAAGCAUUCUUAAUAAUUGAAUAUAUGCAUCUCGUCCAACUUAGUUGUAUUGGUGCACAUGUUGACUAUGUAGAACAAUUUCUUUGCAACUUGAAUACACGUCUACCUUGUCUUAGUGAACUUCAUGUUAACUAUGAACAUUUAGUAACCGUUACAGAGAAUUUUACAAGAAAUGCAACACGUAUGAAUUGUUCAAAAUUGGAACAUAUUACUUUUCCUCGUAAAACAGGAAUAGUUCGUUCGAAAAACUUUUAUCUCUAUUUUCCUUUAUUGUAUCACGAGGAAAUGUAA